AUGCCCUCCGGCGCCGGUGGCAAGGUCAUGCCCAAGUCCAAGGCCUCCUUCUUCCUCUACGGCUUCCUGCUCUACGUGCUCCUCCCCGUGCUCGCCGUCUACGUCGUCGCCCUCGCCCUCUCCCCGCUCUACUCCGGCUCCUGCCCGCCGGCCGACGACGCCAGCAAUGCCGUCGCUCGUCUCGCGGCGGACGCCGGUGCCGGCCGCAACGCUUCUUCGUUUUCGUCGUCGAAUAAUGUGAUGCUGCGUUCGCCGGCGCCGAUGGCGCGGCGCGUGGGGAAGCCGAAGCCGUCCGCGGACGCCGCGCCGACGGGGCUGCGGCACAUCCUGUUCGGCAUCGGCGCCUCGUCGUCCAUGUGGAAGAGCCGGCGGGAGUACAUCCGGGUGUGGUGGCGGCCGGGGAAGAUGCGCGGCUUCGUGUGGCUGGACAAGCCGGUGCCGGAGUACUACUCCCGGAACUCCUCCACGGGCCUCCCCGCCCUCAAGAUCAGCGCGGACACGUCCGAGUUCCCCUACACGCACGGCGCCGGCAGCCGCUCGGCGCUGCGCAUCUCCCGCAUCGUCUCCGAGAGCUACCGGCUGGGGCUCCCCGGCGUGCGGUGGUUCGUGAUGGGCGACGACGACACCGUCUUCUUCCCGGACAACCUGGUGGACGUGCUAUCCCGGUACGACCACACGCAGCCCUACUACAUCGGGAACCCGUCCGAGAGCCACAUCCAGAACCUCAUCUUCUCCUACGGCAUGGCCUUCGGCGGCGGCGGCUUUGCCAUCAGCCGCGCGCUGGCCGCGCAGCUGGCGCGCAUGCAGGACGGCUGCAUGCACCGCUACCCGGCGCUCUACGGCAGCGACGACCGCAUCCACGCGUGCAUGUCGGAGCUGGGCGUGCCGCUCACCCGCCACCUGGGCUUCCACCAGUGCGACAUCUGGGGGGACGUGCUCGGCCUGCUGGGCUCCCACCCGGUGGUGCCGCUCGUGACGCUGCACCACUUCGACUUCCUGCAGCCGGUGUUCCCGGCGGCGCGGUCCCGCACGGCCGCGCUGCGGCGGCUCUUCGACGGGCCCGCGCGGCUCGACCCGGCCGCCGUGGCGCAGCAGUCCGUGUGCUACGACCGGGAGAAGCAGUGGACGGUGUCCGUGUCGUGGGGGUUCGCCGUGGUGGUGGUGCGCGGGGUGGUGUCGCCGCGCGAGAUGGAGACGCCCAUGCGCACCUUCCUCAACUGGUACAAGCGCGCCGACUACACCGCCUACUCCUUCAACACGCGGCCCGUGGCGCGCAACCACUGCCAGCGCCCCCAGGUGUACUACAUGCGCCGCUCGCGCAUGGAGCGCCGGGUCCGGCGCCGGCGCACCAACGCGACGCUGGAGACGACCGUGACCGAGUACGAGCGGCACACCCCCGCGCCAAACGUCACGUGCCGCUGGCGCAUCCCCGACCCCGCCGGCCUGCUCGACCGCGUCGUCAUCGUCAAGAAGCCCGACCCCGACCUCUGGAAACGGUCUCCGAGGAGGAACUGCUGCAGGGUGGUGUCGUCGCCCAGGAACGGGACGAAGCUGGACCGGACCAUGGCCGUCGACGUGGGUGUCUGCCGGGACGGCGAGUUCGCACGAGUUUAG